AGCACCUUGUUCCCUCUCGUCCUUCGUAUUACGCAGAUUAGUCAGUGGUACGAAUUGGUUAUCUUCACCGCUAGCUUGGAGAUCUACGGGGCAGGAAUUGCUGACCAUCUUGACAACGGUCGCCACAUUUUCCAACGUCGGUUCUACAGGCAACACUGUCUUUACGACAGUGGUAGCUACUGCAAGGACCUAUCGCGUGUUUCCUCAGACCUCUCUUCUAUCUUUAUUUUGGACAACUCUCCUGGAGCCUACCGGUCUUUUCCUGACAAUGCAAUCCCCAUCCAAUCUUGGUUCUCGGAUCCCCAAGAUACUGCCCUCCUCUGUUUGUUACCUGUGUUGGAUGCCCUGCGAUUCGUCUCUGACGUGCGCUCCAUCCUGAGUCGCAACCUACACCGCGAUUUGCAAGCGCAGGCUCUAAUUGGACGGGGUCGUCCGCCCUCCCUCAUGAUGUGA